CCAAAACUGUACUUUACUCUAAUAAAAAUACGUCUUUUAUAGUAUAAUCUUAUAUAUGGUACAGUAGAUAAGUGGAUUUAUCUGCUUGAUUGGUGUCUAACAAAAAUUAGGGACCUGGCGGAUUUGAACUAUCUCUUCUAUCUAUCUCCCAUGUCGUCGCCGCCCACCGUUGUCAUGUUCUUGGUUCUCCAUCAGGUAAAUUAUCGGCCAGCCAUCACAGUACCAGUGGGAGGAGAUGAUAAUGGAGGUGUUAAUAUGAAAAAGUGUUUGGAUAAUGAGGGACAUGCUCUCCUUCUUUUCAAAGCUCACCUUCAAGACCCUGAUGAUACUCUCUCUACAUGGACAGCUGACCAACAUGACUGUUGUAAAUGGAGAGGAGUUACGUGCAGCACCCAAACAGGUCAUGUCACCGAGCUUUAUAUUUCUGGUUGUGGUCUGGGAGGUGAGAUAAGCCGUUCAUUGUUUAACUUAACCUACUUGAAUUUUCUUGAUCUUUCCACCAAUUCUUUCCAUGGAACCAUUCCCACUUUCAUUGGUUAUUUGACUCGAUUAAGUUACCUCAACCUUGACUCCAAUAAUCUUAAUGGAACCAUUCCCAGGUCCCUUGGUUCCUUGACCGAGUUAACGUUUCUUAACCUUAACUUUAACUCUCUUUCUGGAACCAUUCCUCCAGAGUUUGGAAACCUCACCAACUUACAAAGGCUUUAUCUUAAUUCUGUUGGAAGGUGUAGAGUUGAAAAGAUAGAGUGGCUGUCUCAUCUCUCUCAUUUGGAGGAACUUGAGAUGGAUGGGAUUUCCCUAGCAAAAGCAGAGAAAUGGGUGGAUGUAAUUCUGAGUCUCCCGAAACUCUCAUGGUUACGUUUAAGGGGAUGUGAGCUGUCACAGGUCAUGUAUCCAUAUUCUUCUUCAUUUCUCAACUCUUCUUCUUCUUCUUCAUCUAUUGAGUCCCUUUCUCUCCAAAACAACAAUCUCACCUCAUCCAUGUAUCGUUGGUUGCGCCCGUUAACCAGCAAUAAGCUUCUUGGUCUUGAUGUCUCUGGCAACAUGUUAGAUGGGAUACCCAAAUAUCUUGGUAACCUCUGUAGUCUGGAAGAUUUGUCCAUCUAUAACAACUCUGCUGCUGUCAAAUUUCCUGAUUUUCUCAACAACUUGUCUGGAUGCACAUCCCUUUCAUUACAAUCCUUGUAUGCUUCUCAUAGCCAAUUUACAGGGUCACUGUCCGAUGAGAUCCAAAAGUUUUUAUCCCUAGAAUCUCUAUACCUAUCUGAUAAUCACCUAAAUGGAAGUAUAAGUGAGAAAUUUUGGGAACUACCAAGGCUUGAAACUCUUGACGUUUCUUUUAAUAAUCUUACAGUUCCUUCCACAGAUCACAUGUCAAGCCUUUCUUAUGUAAAGGAAAUUGGUCUAAGCUCUUCUCAGCUAGGGCCUUGCUUCCCCAAAUGGAUUCAUACACUAAAAAGUCUUACCCUUCUUGACAUUUCCAAUACUGGAAUUUCAGACACAACUCCUCCGGAUUUUUGGGACAUGUGGCCUUCUCAAUUAGAAUAUCUGAAUCUCUCCUCCAACAACAUUAGCGGGAGUGUACCAGAUUUAUCAUCAAAUUUUGCCAGCGGUUCAGUGAUCGAUUUGAGUUCCAACAGAUUUUAUGGUCCAAUACCGAAAGUCUCUUCGGGUUUGACAUCAUUAGAUCUUUCCAGAAACAAAUUCUCUGGAGGGGUCUCCUUUAUAUGCCAAAUUGUUGAUGGGCUCUUAUACUUUCUUGACCUUUCUCAUAACUCAUUCAUCGGACAACUACCGGACUGUUUGUGGCAUUUCAAACAACUAAAAGUUCUAAAUCUCGGACACAACAAUCUCUUUGGAAGUCUUCCUCCCUCUAUUGGAUCUUUGAUACAACUCAAGGUGCUGUAUUUAUACAAGAACAACUUCUUUGGAGAAUUGCCUUUGUCUUUAAAAAAUUGCACGAGUUUAAUCUCGAUGAAUUUGGGGGCCAACAAGUUUUCUGGUAAUGUGCCUGUCUGGAUUGGGGAAAACUUAUCAAAGUUGUAUGUUCUUAUCCUAAGAUCAAACAAAUUCUUUGGAACCAUCCCACAAAAGUUAUGUCGGUUAGCUAAUCUUCAAAUUCUAGAUCUGUCAAUGAACAAUCUCAAUGGAACCAUCCCCUCAUGUUUGAGUAAUCUUACAAGCAUGCUUCAACAAGGAGGAUUCUCACAAGAUGUGCAGCUUAAUACAACUUACAGAGCUUAUGAAUAUAAACAGGAGACAUACGUUGACCAUGCGAUGAUUGAGUGGCAAGGAGAUGAACGCGAAUUCGUUAGCAUUCUGAAAUUGUUAAAGAUCAUUGACCUGUCAAGCAACAAGUUAACAGGACAAAUCCCACAUGUAGUUACCAAUCUUUCUGACUUAGUUGCCUUGAACUUGUCAAGGAACGCUCUAUCUGGAGAGAUUCCACAGAAAAUUGGUGAGAUGAAAAAGCUUUUGACUUUGGAUUUAUCCAGAAAUAAUUUCUCAGGGGGGAUACCAUCAAGCAUGUCUCAGAUGAGUUUACUGAAUGACCUAGACUUGUCAUACAAUAACUUGUCAGGGAGAAUCCCAUCAAGCACUCAACUCCAGUCCUUUCCACCUUCAAGAUAUGUUGGAAACAGAGGACUAUGUGGACCUCCUCUUAACAAAAAGUGUCCUGGAGAUGAAGAAUCAGAAUCACCACCAAUCAUUGGUAAAAGUGAGGGUGAUGGGGAAGAAUGGGGAUGGUUUUAUAUUGGUGGGGGCAUGGGUUUUGCCACUGGAUUUUGGAUAGCAUGUGGGGCUUUACUUGUCAACCGUCGAGGGAGGCGUGCAUUUUUUCACUUUUUUGAUAGUUUCAAAGAUUGGGUUUAUGUGAAGGUGGUUGUGUUCGUUUCAAGUUUGCAAAAAGAUGACCAAGGUAGGAGAUAUGGUGCACAAGAUCCGAGUAAUAAAAACAAUGUGUGCUCUUUUUGUGGAUAAGUUCUGAAAGGAGGAGUAUAUCGCCUCAAACAACACUUAAUUGACGGGCAUAAAGACGCAAAGAAAUGUCCAAAUUGUCCGGAGCAUGUACGAGAAGAAUGUAGGACAUUCAUGCAAAACAAGCAAUCAAUAAAGGCACAACAACAUAUGGAAGCAAGUUUUCAGAUGCAACAACUGUUGGAAAUAUUACAGCCUUAUACAGCUGUUGACUGCUAUAUUUAUAAGUUGCAUAAUGGCCAAAAUUAUCUCUGUGAUUGUCAUUGUAUUAGAUGUAUUUUUAGCUCUUAAUUCUGUAAUUAGAGUAGAUUAUCUCUUUCCUUGUUUAGGCUAUUUCUUUCAUGUAUAUAAAUUGUUGUGAUGUGAAUAAGAAAAAUACAAUCGAAAAAAACUUUUCACCCUUUGUUUCAUGGUA